AAUAAAUAAUGCUAUUUUAAAAUUAAGUUCAAAAUAUAUUUGAAUUCUAAAACUUGACCAUAGUACGCUGCUGUUGUUUUCUUUGUUUUGUAAUUGUUCAAGCAAGUAUUAACAAAAUGACGAAAAAUCGUUCACUACGAAAUUUUUUCGUUAUUUCCUAUAUUUUAUCGACAUGGUCUAAUAGUGUUGUAAUCGCUAUGGAUGAAUUGAAUAAUCUUGAGAAAUUACCAAAUUUCAGCUUGGAUGAACUGGAAAACUUGGGAAUUGAAUUUCAAGAAUCAGAUUUUGAUAAAUUAAAAGAAUUCUUUCCUGAUUCUGAAGAGUCAAGAAAUGAAGGCACUUUAACCUCUUUGCAGGUUAAACUAUUAAAAAAAUGGGAUAUUAAUGUAAAUAUCAAUGAUUUAAGUCACAUCACAAACAAAUAUUUUAAUAGUUCAUCAAAAAUGAUAAGAAAAUUAAUGACACUAAUCUUAGGUGAAAAUAUGUUACAAAAUAUGACAAUAAGAAAAAAAUUACGUUUUGAUAAAAGGUAUAAUUCUAUACCUGAGAAUGUUCAAAAUUUCGUUUUAGUGUCGGAAUUAUGCAAAUACAUACGUCUGAAAAAUAGAGGAAUGAAAUCUUUGAAAGCUUCAGCUAACAACGUUCCUUUAACUCCAUUGCAGGAUUAUCUACUAAAUAAAUGGAACAUUGAUGUUAAUAUCAAAAAUCUAACUCUCAUCACAAAAAAAUAUACUGCUAGACCAUCUGCAAUGAUAAGAAACUUAAUGAAAAUAAUCUUAGGUGAAAAUAUGUUACAAAAUAUGUCAAUACAAGAAAGAAAACGUUUUUGUACGAUGUAUAAUCCUAUACCUGAAAAUGUAAAAAAAUUUGUUUUUGAAUAUGUGAACUCACAUGCCCAAGAAACGAUAAGUAAUUCAACAUUUGUAAAAGUUGUUAGUCAGUUAUGCACAGACAUGCGUUCUGUAAAGCGAGUAAAGGAAUCAUUAAAAGUUUCAGCGAACGACGUUCUUUUAACUCCUUUGCAGGUUGAUCUAUUACAUAAAUGGAACAUUUAUGUUAAUAUCAAAAAUUUAACUCUCAUCACAAAAAAAUAUACUGCUAGACCAUCUGCAAUGAUAAGAAACUUAAUGAAAAUAAUCUUAGGUGAAAAUGUGUUACAAAAAAUGUCAAUGCAAGGAGAGAAACGUGUUUAUCCAAAAUAUAUUCCUAUACCUGAAAAUGUAAAAAAUUUUGUUUUUGAAUAUGUGAACUCACAUGCCCAAGAAAGGAUAAAUAAUUCAACAUUUGUAAAAAUAGUGAGUCAGUUAUGCUGUAACAUGCGCCAGAAAGACAGUGACAUGCCACUUAGGACAGCACAACUUCAACGUGGGCUGUAGUUGAUAUUAUUAAGAAUAACAAUAAGUUUAAUUUCAAGGAUAGAAAAUUUUUAUUGUUUACAUUAAUUAAUUGGAUAAAAAGUUUCUUUAAAUAGAAUAUAUAAUACAUUUUUACAUGAAAUUUUUUAACAAGCUUUAAGAAAAAUGACUAUAAAUAAACAUUUAUGCAAUGUUUCUGUGUAGGUUUUUGGCAAGGGGAUUUCUUUAUACAGAUAUAAGUUGUUUGGAAGACAAAUUUUAUAGUAUUAAGUUUUGAGUAGAACAUUGCAAAUAAAAUUAUACUUUGAUGUAAAGCAUCUAUAUAGCCAAGAUUGUAAGGAUGAAGACAGUAUAACAAAUAAAUACAUAAUGUAUUUUGAAUCGUAUUUAAAAAUUAUUUUUAAUAACACUUUGUUUAAUCUGUCGGAAUUUUUAAACAAAUUAUAAAAAUAUUUGUAAAUUUCAUUAAAAUUGCUUUACAAUUGUUACUCGUCAUUUCAAAAUAGCAGAUUUAAUAUUUAGUUAUGCAAUAAUUUUAUCCGGAUACUUUUUAAUAUUCCUUCAAUCUAAUUAUACAUAAAAAUAUGUUAUUUAUAAAGUGAUUUUGAUUUAUGAAUUCCGUUUGAGUAACUAAAUUUUCUAGAAUAAUUGCAAAUUGUUGUUUUGCAACCUGUAAUUUGUUAAGGUUUUUCAAAUUAUGUGACAGUAAAUAUUUUUAACCAUAUAAUUCUCUGUACUAUUGAAACUGUAACUAAUCGCAAGAAUUAGUUAUAGUAAUGUAAAAAAAAAAUUUUUACAAGAUAAAUAAAAUAUAUUAAAAACAUUUUAAUUUGCAUACUAAAAACUAACAAAUCUUAUUCUUUUAGAAUUAUUACGGUUCCGCGUUUAUACAAAGUUACCAACCCAAACCGAAGUAGCUAAAGUCUUGUCUGUAGUGAUUCUUUGGAAGAAUUAAUUACUGAGGCUUGCACAAAUUUGAAUAUUAAGUUCAACUUAUCUUGCUAUUUACGUUUCCUUGUUACAAAAUAUUGUUUAUAUGUACUUAGAUAUCAAGUAAUCUUGCAGUAAAAUUUCUGCAAGCUUGAACUAUCCUACUCACAGGAAGAUUGCAGUGUAGCUUGCUGCAAUAUUCUAUUGUAACAUUUAAAAACUUUUUGGUAGUUUAUUCUUGAAGAAGAUGAAACAAAUAUGUUUAAUCUUAAUAUCUUGAAAAGUCUGUCUGAACAUUAUCCAAACUCUUCUUUUCUUUUAAUGGUGGUUUACGACUGUUCACCGAGGAAGCCGAUUCAAGAGACUGUUUCUUCAAGUCUGGUAACAAACUCUCCAACUGAUAGUAAGAUUUUCCAACAUACUUCUCAGAUAUGCUUAAUUUUUAUUAAUUUUAGUAUAUUUUUAAAGGUCGUCAAAACUAAUGUAACUACUACUUCUUCUACAUCUAUCAAUAUUGGAGAAGAUGUCAAUCAAAUUUAAACAUCAUCUGGUAGCAGGAGAAUAAAAGCUCUUCCUUGUGAUUCUAGUGUUCUUAAGAAACUGAAGAGUAGAGAAUCCAAUCCAACCAGAUAUCUCAUCUGGUGUAAAGUCCAUGCAGAAAAAACUUUAUGACCAGAUAAAAAAGUGAAACUAUGUGGGCAGAAGUAUCCAUGUUUUUUAACUGCGAAGAAGAAGGAGAAAACAGAAGCACUCCAAAAUCAUUAGAAAGAUAUGUCAAAAAUCAAGAUAUCUAUGUUUGUGUAGCGUAUGAAUCUUCACUUCUUGAUAAUGAAACAAGUGAAACCAAUAUAAUGAAAAAUAGUCUAAUACACUCUAUUUCCAACCAUGGGAUGAAGUUACCCGAGGAAGAAGAACCAAGAUUUUUAGAUUUAACUUACUCUACACAAAGAGUAAAUAUUAAAAGACGAGAACAGAUUCAAAUGACUUUGACAGAUUUACCUGUAGAUUAUUGGCCUCAUUUAAGAAAAGAAAGAAUAUUUUAAAGAUUAUUUGUAACGGAGUUUCUAUUUUCUAUCCAUCUCUCUGAACCAACUCCUAUUUAACAUUACUAAAAACGUGUUUCUCCCUAAAAUAUCACGUUGCACCUCUUAACUAAGGGCUGUUACCUUAGAGUCAGAAUAAGUCUUGUCCUUUUAUUGGAAACAAGUAUCUAAAGCUACGGCUUCAGAUACGAUAGACUCGUUCUCUGCAUAAUUGUAUUAAUGUAACUUAAUAUUAAUAACGGUUAAAGAAAGUAAUAAAUAUUAAACUAUCAAUUACAUCUUUUAAUACCUACAGUUUCUUAAAGUAAUAAAUAUAAUUAAUAAGGCGUUGUCGGCAGUG